CCGCAGACAUGUUCCGAACCUCCUCUAACUACGUACAUAGCAAGUACAUCAAACUUCAUAUAUAUCUGUAUAUGCAUACCUAGGGUACUUUACAAAAGAUCACAGUAAACAUGACUGAACUCGCUCAAGAGAAAAAGACAAGGAUUUUGGUCUUGAAUCCAAACUCAUCGAAGGCCAUGACAGAGGGUAUCAAGGCUGUCAUCGAUACCAUAGGCCUGCCACAUUCAACUAAGAUCCACACAUACACCGGUCCGUCAGAUGCCCCCGCAAGCAUAAACGAUGACAAGGACCUUGACAGCAGCACCGAUGCCGUUUCCAAAGAUAUUCAGUCUUCUCACCCAGAACUCCUAAGCUACGACGGCAUUGUAGUUGCGUGUUUCAGCGUACAUCCUCUUGUGGAGACUUUGCGGUCGAUUCCAGAGCUCCGAGCUGUUACACUGGGCAUCUUCGAGGGCAGCAUCCUCGCCGCCCUGUCGUUACUCGAAUCCCACGAAAAAUGGGGUAUAGUCACCACCGGCAAGUUCUGGGAAAAGCACCUGACAGACGGCGCCAUCGAUUUUCUCGGUGGAUAUCCAUCGACUACUAACUCCAAGUUUGCCGGCGUUGAGUCCACAGGCCUGAAUGCCUCGGACUUUCACCAUGGGGUCGAUCCCGCCGUUGUGAAGCAGAAACUUAAGGAGGCUACUCAACGUCUACUUGCUAAGCCUGGCGUUAAAUGCAUCGUGAUGGGAUGUGCGGGGAUGGCUGGGCUAGAGGAAAUCAUCCGACUUGCCGCAUGCGAAGUGAAGGGAAAGAAAUUUGCCUAUUCUGAGUUAUUGGUCAUGGAUGGCAUCCUGGCGGGUAUUAUGCAAACCGAACUUGCGAUAAAGUAUCAGAGGCUCCUACGGCCAAUAUAAUAUAGUAUCCAUCUUGUACUACUAUGUAUCUAGUACCUACCUAGUCA